GCGAUGCUCGCUCAUUUCGCGCCGAACCUCCGCGCGCGACGGACGUGUCGCGUCGCUUGCAGUGCUGAGCGCGUCUCCGAUGUUUUCGUGCUGGUUGUGCUUCUAUUGACAUAUCUGUGUGAAUUGUGCUAUGGAAUCUGUUUGUGUGUUUAGGUCGCCCUGAAGGGCUGGUUUUUGUGUGAUCUGCCACUGGGAUUAUAGUUAUCGGUACAGCCAGUAGGAAUGCUGAAACACGUGGCGGUGUCGCCGCACCGAGCGCGCGCCGACUCCGUCAGCCUCUCCUCCUCUGCCUCGUGCUGCAGUCUCGGCAGCCUCGAGAACCGACACGACUCUGUCACCGACCUCUCGCAUCGCACGACAACGAUAAAAGUGUUCGCGCGGUGCCUCCGACCAGACAUCGAGUACAAAACUCUGUCCGUCACUUGGGGGACGAGAGCCAAGGAGGUGGUGGCCACACUCCUGGGGAAGUUCCGCAUGAGGCAUCGGGACCCGCGGCUCUUCUACCUCAGCAUGGAGGUGCGGGUGCGCGCGGCGGGCCUGAGGACCACUCUCGUGUUGGAUGACGACGCCAGGCCGGCGGCCUUGCAGGCGUGCCAUCCUAAGGGAUACUCUAAGUUCUCGCUCCAAAUGCGUCCAGGCGGGCUGGUGAAGAUCUACGACUCGGCGCUGAUGUCGUCGUCGCAGUACAAGUGCCUGCUCACCAGCGAGCGCACCACGGCGGACGAGCUGCUGGCCAUCCUGCUGCACUGCUACGACUCCACGGAGGGCGUCGAGAGGUUCUCGCUGUAUGAGGUAUGCCCAUCCCAAGAGUACGAGCGUAAACUGCACCCGGACGACUUGCCGUUAUUGGUGCAGCGCUCUUGGCCCCAGGACACCGACUGCCACUUCCGCGUAAGAAGAAACCCGAGGGCACCGCCUCUCCCUCCGAGAACCAACCUCCCUUCUCUGCCUCUCCCCUUACCUCUUCCUUCCCCUACAGACUCACAAGAAGACGACGAACCUUCUAGAGCCCUAUCAGCCUUAUCCUUAGAAGCAGACGAUAAAAGAUAUAGCCCAGUAUACAAGUUCCCCAGCAUAAGCUAUUGCAGGGAAACAAAAAACGAUUACCUUUACAUCUGACUAGCGAUCAAUCUGAUCAGAAUGAAAGGUCUCAAGUAUCGGAAGCGGACAGUGAAAAAGAUACUCUUGUGAUGUGUAAAUAGAGAACAGUUUCGUGUAAAGUGUAAAUAGGGAUUGGUGCGGUCAAACCAAAGAGGUUUAUGUGUAGGAUGCCUUGCUCAGGGCUUGAUGAUUACCGUGGGUAGAAUGAUACGUUUUGUAUAAAUGAAUAUAUUUUGAGAAGAUUUUAAGCAAGAACAUGUGUCGAAAAAUUUUACAGGAGGCUAUUUUUUAUUCAAAUCAAAAUUAAUGUGUUUUCCAAGAAAAUUUGAAAUUAUAAUACCUACUUGUAAUGGAUUCAGAUUGUUUUCAGUAAUUUUUUGUAAUGUAAUCUAGUCUUCUCAAAUCUGUACCAUCAAAUCAUCUAAUGAACUGUGUAAAUGAGAUGCGAUCUCGAAUCUAAACAAAGCUAUACGCACUUAGCAUAUUAUAUGUGUCUUUUGCGCUACUUCAUUUAAAUAAGCCGUUUAUGAUUAUCCAGUGUAUGUAACCUAUCUUUAGUAGGUAAAUUAUGUUUGUGUGACAUUGUUACAUUGUUCCACACAAAAUUAACGUGACAGUCAAACGCGUGUUUAGUAAAACUUUAUGGUUUUGUAUGACAAUAUGACAAGUGACUGCUGACAUAUCAUGACUUUUGUGAAGUGCAAUCCACACGAGCAUAUGAACAUCGCUUACGUACACUUUAUGAAAUCUAAUGCGAUUGUCAAUUCACAGGUCAUGUAAACAUGAACUUUAUACUUAAAAAGUGCACGGUAUUUUAGACAGUAUUGCUUUACAUUAGAUUAUAAAUUACUGUGCACCUUUGAAGGUGACCACAGCAUAAAUAUUGUACAUAGAAUUAUUUUAAUUUUUAGCUAGUAGACACCAAAGAGGCAAGCGAGUUAAAAUGACGUAUAUUGUACUAUUCUUUACUUGACUUGGUUUUUUAGCGAUUGCGGAUCACUAGAUUCUAGACCUGGAAGAUUUAUCUUGGUUUUAUAUAAAAUAAAUUAAUAUUGAAAAAUAAUAAAUAACAUAAAAUGCUAUACCAUACAAAGGCAAACUCUUUGGAGGUACAAUGCCUCAAUAGCUCAACGGUAAGAGCGGUUGGAAUCAUCACCGAGAGGUGGUGGUUCGAUCCCCGCCCCGUUGGUCUAUUGUCGUACCCACUCCUAGCACAGUCUUUCCCGACUAGUUGGAGGUGAAUUGGGAAUGUUGGUCAUAUUAUAAAAAAAUGGCAAAUAUUCUUUUUCUUUUUUUAAAAAAAGGGUAAUUUCUCGGUACUAUAUUAAUAAACCAAUGUUAAGUAAAGAAUAGCAUAGUAUAUUGGGUUAUAGAUUUAUUUAUCUGUUAUGUAUUGUGAUGUUUAAUUUAUUUAUGGAAGUCGUGUCGACUCAAAUACUUUAUCACGUAUGUAAUGAAAUAUAUGAAGUUUCCUUCUAAUUAU